CCGGCUAUGUGACCCGGAUACGCCGCGCCUAUGGCGAUAGAGAGACCACUUUGAGUUGAUGGCAGGUUUCUUGUUGCAAUCUGGGCUGGUGUCGUCAUUGAUGCCACGGAGAGUUUGCUGCUAUAUAUUGACCGCAUGAAGGGCCAGGCAGAAUAAUAAUUCCACUCUGCAACAUCUCGACUGCACAACUCACUCAAUAGUCCAGUCAAAAUGAUUCAACCAACACUUUUGGGCCAUAAGACUUUCCCUCUUCCUACAUCCACACCGUCAGUCGGUCCUGUGCCGACGGUUGUGCCUGGUACAGAGCCAAUUUUCCAGGAAAUCGGCACGACUGGACAACGCACGUUAUGGGUGGUCGUGGUGUUGAUGGCGUUGUCGUCGCUGGUGUUCUACGUUCUUACAGCCCGGGCACCACUGCCCAAACGGACCUUCCACACGCUUGUCUCACUUAGCACGACCAUCUCCUUCUUCGUCUACCUUGCCCUCGCCACGGGCGAAGGCAUCACUUGGAAACGUGACCGGAUCCACGAAUCCCACAAACACGUCCCCGAUACGCAUGAAUACUACUUCCGCCAGGUGUUCUGGCUGCGCUACGUCAACUGGUUCUUGACCGGCCCCCUCGCCCUGCUUAGCCUCACCUUGCUGUCCGGUCUCCCGGGGGCGUACUUUGUCGUCGCCGUGGCGGCCGACUGGGCCAUGCUCGGUACCGGCUUGCUCGGUACAUUUGCAGGGCACAAGAAUGUGCGCUGGGUGUGGUUUGCUCUCAGCUGUAUUUCCUACAUGGUUCUCGCGCACCAUAUCAUCCUGCACGGACAGCGGGCUGCGAACAACAAGGACGUACAGACCAAGCGUUUCUACGGCUCGAUGGCGUCUGUUUCCCUGCUUGUCAAGGUUCUCUAUCCGAUUGCUCUCGCUGCCGGCGCUCUCGAUCUGAAAAUCAGCCUCGACACCGAGACCGUCCUCUUUGCGAUCCUCGAUAUCUUCGCACAGGGGCUGCUUGGUUACUGGCUGCUUCUCGCACACGAUAGCCAUACGGAUAUUACUCUCUAUGUGGACGGUUUCUGGGCCCACGGUAUUGGAAAUGAGGGAGCUAUCCGUAUUGAAGAAGAGGGACCUUGAACGAUUACAGAGCAUCACGCUCUUAUGUCAAUGGCUUAACUUGAUGACGAUAAUGCGAUGAACUUCUGGUAAUGUGGAUGGUGUAAAGCACAAAUUGGAUUGGACAAGUCGGGGUUAUGGAGUUAUGGUAUGGAUAACCUGAUAAUACUUUACAAAAAGAGCUCUUAUUUGAAUAAGACACAAUAAUCAAAUUGAAUUACAAAACUGAAUUACAAGAAAUCAUGAAACAGC